GUCUGAGUGUGUAGUUACUCGGCGCUGUUUGUCGUGCUGCUGCUCUGCAACCCCCAGAUCUGGAUUAUGACUUUGUAUAAAACUCCCAAAGCGACAAAUCCAAGUGAAUCUGCUGACAGGAUGCAGUGUGCUGGCAAAGCCUUGGAAGAGAUGCUCAUCUCAGCUAAGCAUCAGGAAUGUCUUACCGUCGGAGUCUACGAGUCUGCAAAAGUCAUGAAUGUAAAUCCGGACAGCGUGGCUUUCUGCGUGCUGGUCACCGACAAGGAGUACGAGUGCAACAUCGCCUUGCAGAUCCACUUCACUCUAAUCCAGGCUUUCUGUUUUGACAACGACAUCGAUAUUGUAAGAGUGAACGACCUGCAACACAUGGCAAAAAUCAUCGGGUGCCCAGGGAUGCCUUGCGAUCUGCAAGAUAUGCACUGUGUUCUCGUUACGAGCCCAAAUGAGCAAUCGUGGAAAGACAUCAAUCUACAGAAGCUCAGUGCUUACUGUGAGGAGAGCCGCAUGUGUAACGAGUUUCUGCCUGUGGUGACAUUGCCUGCAAGAUGAGCUAUGAAGAAGCAAAUAUGCAGCUGGCUGUCCUGAUGACAGGAUCUGUGUGUUCAGAUGUUGCAUCCUGAACCUUCGCUCUGGAUUAUCCCCUUGAGGGGACCAGAAGUUGCAGUGCAGACCGGAUUACAUCAGAGAAAUCGGUUCAUGAAGGAAAGGUGGUAGCCAUGUCCAGGGCUUUUCUAUGGGGAACAUCAAGAUGCUUUACAAAAACUAGAGAGAAAUGUUUGCGUUGUGCAUUAAAAUUGGGACACGGUAUGGUUAAGUCAAGUGACGUGUGCAAGGCAACAACAAGUUUCUGGUACCGAAUUUUCUGCCUUGUGGUUUAAGAUUGCAACCGACAAUAAAGGCAUAGUAGGACUGAUUUACGGACUGCUGAUGAGUUGGACUCGAGAGGAUGUGAUCGAAGUGAGUGCGUCAGAAACUUUGGAAAACACUGUGUAGUUAAACAUAAAAUGUCUAAAUUUAUAUGUUUAAUAAAACAGUUGAAAAGAU